AUGGCCGACCAAGACCCGCCACCGUCGGCGCGCGCUGAAGCGGCGGCCUACAUCUCGCAGGCUAGCUUCCAUAAAAAGUUCACCAUGCCGGCGACGGCCGGCCAUGGCGAGAUGACGUUUAGCUACAGUGAUGUUGGCGUCUCGCCAGAGGAGCAGACUGGCGCGACGCAGGUCCCGGUAGUACUAUUCCAUCCGGGCCUAUUCGCCUCGAGAUAUGUUGGAGUAUCCUUGCACGCUUUAGCAAAGCAUCUGGGAAUCCGCAUUCUCACUGUUGACAGGCCCGGGUUUGGAAGCUCUACGGCGAUUUCCGUCGAAAAGCGAGUCGACGUUUGGGUCGAGCUCGUGCCGCUACUCCUCGCCCAUCUCAACAUCCCUCACAUCACAAUUGUUUCGCACUGUGCCGGAACCGUCUACGCGCUCAAUCUACUCUACCGAUGUAGAGAUAUCUUGAAUCCUGAGCGACCGAUGGCUGUUCUAUUGGCACCAUGGGUCGACCCGCAGCACUCCAAAAUGACCAUGAUGCAAGUGGCACAAUACAUUCCUGCCCCUGCAUACUCGCUAUUCAACGGACUGAGCCGCUUCGCUGCUCGCGGCAUGUUGACGACAGUAUCAAGCAGCGAAGCCGUCUUCAACGCUUUCGGCAUGGGAAAACGCUCGGAAGCAGAGGAGCGCGCCGUCCAGAGCUGGGACCAAGAGAAUUCUCUCAAGCUUGAGCGAGAAUGCGGUCUAUCUACCAAAUUCCAAGGCGCCCUCCAACUUCAGACCGUCGAGCACAUCUUUUCGGAAAACACUGCCGGUUCGAGCGAUGAGGCUCGCCACUGCGCGCGAAAAGUAGCACAGGGCAGCUGGGGAAAAGCAGACGACUAUGCAGUCUUUGUGAAAGAGGUUGCUGAGCAAGAGCGAUCAAGAAGGGUAAAGACAGCGGAUGGCGUCUCUGCUGCCAAGUUGAAGGUUAUGGCGUUCUUUGCCGCGACGGAUAACAUUGUGGGUGAGGGAGGACGCAAGUACGUUGAAAAGUGCUGGCAAGGCAUAUCGGGCGAGUUUGAUGAUGCGUUUGAGUUUAAGUACAAGACUAUUGCUGGAUCGGGCCACGAUGAGCUGGUCGUUGCAUUUGACGUAUGGAAGGAGAUUGUUGCCAACAUUCGUGGCACCGAAGCUGAAUAA